UGCACACGCAAUCCAAACACACGCUGGAAGGAGCGCAUGACACCGCCAGCGACAAGCCGAGCAGGUGGGGGCCGGAGCACAAAGCCAAGGCGACCAGUAGCAACAGGGUCGGGGGGCAUGAGGGCGAGAGCGGGAGCACUCGUAUGGUUGUUGAUGGCGGUGCAAUCUCGAGCCUUUCUGGUUGCCCCAGCAGUAGGCGGAGGAGUGUGCCGUCCCCGAGCUGCUGCUGGUGCUGCUCGCACCUCAGCAGCGUCGCCGCUGAUGGCGUACGACGUGAAGUAUUCGCCAAACAAGUGGUGGGACGAAGAUGACAUCGUGCCCGGCUUUGGAGGGAUCUGGCCAGGAGACCCGGACGCAGAGACCCAUCAUGUGACGUACGUGAACAAGGCCGGCGAAGAGGUGGCAUCGGCGGACGUGCCAGUGGACCGCUACAUCUUCUUUGCCACGGAAGACGCGGGUGUUGACGUCCCCAUCAUAAACAAGAAGAGGAUGUGCAGAAACGGCUGCUGCACAACGUGCGCCGUCAAAGUGUUGGAGGGAAAGGCACGUGUGAAGCAAGAAGGCGCGCUCGGUCUGUUGAAAAACCUUAGGCAGGAGGGAUACGCGCUGACGUGUUGCUCGUACCCCAAGUCAGACCUCGUGGUGCAGCUGCAGGAGGAAGACGAUGUGUACAUGAAGCAGUUCGGGAACGACUUCGAGGGAGGAGGAGUAGAGUGGGGAGGGUUCUUCCUUGACGAAGAUUAGGACUGUAUUUCUUGUGUUAGCUUAAGACUUGUACUAUAAUAAGUAAGAUGUCGACGGAGGGCAUGUUACGGCCCCCCUGAGCAACAUGUCCGGAGGGACCGAGCACAAUGUACCACCGUUAGUGCUGUGCAAGCGCAAUACGUUGUGUGUAUGUGGUUGUCGAUGGACUUUGGUUUCACGGCGAUAACGUCUGAUCUUGGUCGUAAGAUGCUGACUGACUGGAUGUUGUUAUGCUGUUUUCUCAUCUUGAAGAGAGAACUGUGACGCCCCUUAUCCCCAGCUUGCAUGAAUUCCGACAAGAUUGGGGCACACCUUUUCUUGUCCACAUCGACAUCAACUGAGUCGUGUUGGAGUGGUGCUAGCUCACAUUGUCUGCUUCGUACGGUGUUGACUAUCUAGACUACUUGGAAGUGCAAAUGAAUGACAACACGUGCGUUCUGAGGGCAUGCAUGUGUGUCAUCGGUGAUCACACCAAAAGCUGUAUACUUCCGUGCUGACCCCAUUGUAAUACCUUCUUUAUUUUUUGUCGGGUUUUGGAUGGAAGGGCGAACACACAAGUACGACAGAGAUGGCUCUGUCGACGCGGGGUCUAGACUUGAGGCUUAUCCUUCUCUGACGUCGCAUGUAGCAGGACACCCUAAAAUUCGUCACCACUUAGGGGGCCUAGAAAGUUUAACCCUGGGGCACCCGAGAAGUGAGUCAAGGUUGCCUGCAUGUU